UUCGUCUCCUGUCACCAGCAGUAGCAGCAGAAGUGCUUACAAGCAAUCGAAAAAGUUUUGAUUUAUCGGUGUGAAAAGUGUCGAGCGGUGCUCAAAGUAAUUGAAUUUUCUCGCCCGAAUCCCGCCGUGUCGGUUAGUAUCAUUUUGUGACGGUUUUAAUCGCGUUUCUCGAGUGUUUUUUUCCGUCGAAAGUUGGAAGGUAAUUUUUCUUCACUCUGCCCCACAACCCGGUCGCGAAGAUCGUGAUUUUCUUCUUGUUCGGUGUUUCUUACUCCUACUCACACAAAGCAGAAAGAGAGGUUCUCUUUUUGUACGUCCGCACUCCGCAUAGCAAAUGACGACGACGACGACGGUUUGUGUGUAUCAGUGAGGUGUUUCAGCCUUUUUGUUGGAAAGAAUCGCAGUCCAAAAGUGAAGUGAAAACGCUUUCAUCGACUGUUCUCCAUAGAAUCAUUCCACUCAGGUUCCGUGUCGGAAUAUCAGGCUUGAAUACGGGAAUCGGUUCCGGACGAUCCGUUUCUGUUUUCGAAGAAAUCCUUCGAUUCGAGUGCAAAAACAAAAAAAAAAAAGAUCAAGCGCGUCUGUUGGUUGUGUGCGUGUACGUAUCGUGUGUGUAUAGAUCAGAGCUAGUGGGUCGUGUUUCCGGUGGUGGUGCGGUGGAAGCACUCGCGUUUUUUUCUUUCCGUCUUUUUCGAAGGGGCAAGUGGAAAAGCGAAGAAGAGCUAAAGAAGAACCUUGCAAACGAGCAAAGAUUUCCCGUUACGAAGCCUGAGUCCAUAAAAAUCUGAAUCAGAAAAUCAUUUUCUAGCUCCAGAUUUUUUAAGAGAAAACAUCGGAUUGAUUGAAAAUUCUAAUUCCGUCGCAAUCGUUGAGGGGCGGAGGAAAAGUUUCUGUGUAAAAUUCAUCGCCCGUAUCUAGAGCAGCAGUAGCAGCAGCAGUCGUCUGAGGAGAGGCCAGUAGGAGUGAAAAGAUUCCCAUUGUCCGAAAAAUCCGCAAACGUCAUCUUUUGCUUUCGGAGAAUCGUCUGCCGUCGUACGAACGGCAGUGAAAGGAGAAGUGUAAAUCCCGGAAGCAACCGAAAGCGAACGCUUAAUCAAGGACUUUGGAAAAACGACAUUAUCACUGACACCAAAGCCACAGGAACUCCAUCGCUGCACUGUUUACCUGAAAUUGCUUAUUGCAUCUCAGGUAUCAAAAUCCUUAGUACUGCCAUCUAACCGAAGCAAGGGCCGCCAACAAAUAGAAGUAUAAGGCGACACUGGGCGCGACAAAUCAAGACUGGUUGAGGUGCGCAACAGGCUUCCACACUUUUUCGCUGAUGAAGAUUCUCUGGCAGCAUGAAUGCAUUGGGGGGAACUAGGGGGGAGCGAAAUGCAAAGCCCAAAUUCGCAGCGUUAGAUAUCAACAAGCUCUACAGCACAAGUCGGGGAGAAUCUCUUGAACCAUCCACUCAGAAAAGUGCAGCUCCUCGUAAACAUGGAAUGCAAAGUUUGGGAAAGGUUCCCUCGGCUCGUCGACCACCAGCAAACCUUCCGUCUCUGAAAGCUGAAAUCUCUGUACCAUCGGAUCAGCAAGGAACCUGGAUUAACGAGGCAGGAGACAACCAAAAUAACAAUUCUAGUAUUACCACAACAUCAGUAGCAUCAGCAGCAGCAGCAGCCAGCGGAAGCAGCACAAACAACAACGCCUCGGUUGGUGCCGGAGGUGUUCACAAUACUUCACACGUCAGCAAUCAGCAGAUUCCUCAUUCGAACGCUUCAUCCUCUUCACAAUGGAGUUCGAACGAGUUCCCCUCCCUGGAUGGCACUGGUCAGUAUGGUCCGAGCAGCAAGCAGCAGCAUCAUCACCACCACGAUGGCAUCGACGGAAGACCGACGAGUCAGUAUAUGGAAGGUCCGCAUGUCAGUUUGAGGCCACAAACGGAUGCAGCGAGUUGGAUGCAGCAACAACAGCAAGGCAGUGGAGUCGGAAACAGCGCCGGAGGUAUGAACGGGCCAAACAGCAACCAACAGGGCCAGGGCCCCCAACAGCAACCGGCUGCUCCUCUGCCACCCCAGUUCCGUGCGCUGAUGCCACCGUUCAUGUAUCGUGGCAACGGAGGCGGAGGUGGAAAUUCUGUUACGCCACCGCCACCGAACGAGGAUAUCAAUCGUGGCAAUGGUGGCGGCGGUGGUGGAGGAGGAGGUGGAGGUGGCAUGCGAAACAACAACAACAACAGCAACAACAGCAACAACAACAACAACAACAACAGCAGCAACAACGCUGGAUACAACAGUAUGCUACCAAGUUUUGCGGGCUCUUCGACGAAUCAUCAUCAAUCUCAUGGAUCAAAUUAUUCGCCAACGCAGUCGGGUGGUAGAUAUCGUGACUCGUAUUCCGGUGGCCGUCGUGGACAGAUGCAACCUCCUCGUCUUGCCAAUAGACAACAACAACAGCAACAACAACAGCAACAACAACAACAGCAACAACAACAACAGCAACAGCAACAACAACAACAACAGCAGCAGCAACAUCAGCAUGAUGAUCACCGCUCGCAAACGGCUCCUUCCACGUAUGCUGAACCGGACAUACUUAUUCAGAGGCCAAUCAUUCGAGAUGAAGAACUACAGCGUAUUGAGGCAAUUUCUAUGGAUGAAGGCUGGGCCAAGGAUGACGAAAUUGAUUACAACCAGAAAUUGCAAUUCUCUGAUGAUGAAUUGGAACCGAGUCCACCGAAAGAGAUUCCAUUGCACGCAACGAAACAGGAAAAAUCACCACCCCCACAGCAGCAGCAGCAGCAGCAGCAACAGCAACCAACACAGCAGCAGCAACAGCAGCCAACACAGCAGCAGCAACAACAGUCGCAACAGGAGGAUGAUAAGCGAAUGGCUUGGAGUCGCGAGGUGGAACGAGAACAGGAGAGGCUUGAACAGGAACGAAUGGAACGGAUCGAACGUGAGCGACAGGAACGAGAACGAGAACAAUCGUCCAUGCGGCCAACUCAGCAAAAUGGUCACAUAGGUGGUCGAGGGUUGGAUGCAGAAGCAAAAGAAAGGUUAAAGCAACGGCGGGAAGAGGAUCAGAGACGGGAAAUGGAACGGAAGCAAGCGGCAGCAAGAAAACUUCAGGAACUCGAACAGAAGUUGAGCCGAAAGAAGACAGAAGACACCGCAGCGGGACCUAUCACUCCUUCGCCAAUGACGACGAAAGACGAUGAAGAGCGUGAGCAAACAGUGACUGGUUAUAACGAAUCCAGUGAAGUUAAGGAACGUAGCAGUUCGAGCGGCCGUGGAGGAGAUCGAGAAAGGGUUGACUCGAAAGAAUUUCGAGAUCGUGAUCGUGAUCGUUUUGAUUAUGGAAGACAUGAGAGAGACUAUCGUGAUCGAGAUAGAGGAGAUCGGGAUAGAGUAGAGCGAGGAGAUAGGACAGAAGUAUGGGGAGAGGUACCGCCGUUCUCGAAGAAUUUUCAAUCCAAUUUACCGCCUCGAUUCCAGAAGCGUAAGCUUGAGCGCAACCCCUCGGGCAGCAGUUUGCAGGGUAGCGGAAACUACAUCAGCAGAGACCAGAACAACGGUCGCAACAAUAGCACUGCCAAUCAAGGGCCAAUAGCGUCGCAGUCGCAACAGCAAAGCGAGGGGAAGAAUGUUCCAUUCGCUCAGCAGUAUGAUCCACGUUUUAUUCAUAGUCAGCAGAAUUAUGGAAAGACUCAAUCUUCCACCUCCUCCAGAAGGGGUGCUCCAGGGGACGAUAAUUCUCGCAGCCGCGAUAUGAGAGAUCGUGGAGAUGAUCGUGAUGGAGCAACUAAAGAUAGGGAUCAACAACGAGAGCGGGAAAUGGUUCCCAGAGAAAUAAUGAAACGUCGUAUCGAUUCGGAGGAGGACGAUCGUUUUAGUAGCAGUGGAAGAGAAUCGUCAAGUAAGCUAAGCGGUGGUAGAACUACCCCACAAUUGGUCAGAAGUGUGUCCGACACAUCUCAAAGGAAAACUAGUGUGUCUAGUGACGAUAAUAAUCGUCAGUUGGAUCAUCACCAUCAUAACAGUUCCAGAGAAAUCAUUGGUUCAUGGGAAUGUGAAACCGAGAAGGAGGACAGACGGCAGGCGGAAGCUGCUGCAGCUCUGGCUAAAGAAAAUCAGCUGCAACAACUUCACCUGCAACAACAGCAGAUGGAAAACCGUAGAAUUUCUGAAUCUUCAGUUCUAUCUGAGGGUGAGCCAAAGCAGAUUCUACAGAGAAUCAAAGAAUCUUCAGCUACGUUGCCUGAAGAACCAUCGAAAGCCAACGCAAGGAGCGACGAAUUUAAAUCAAAUGAACCCAAACUGCUGUCGAGAGCGUGGGAAGAUACUGUCGAGGCUGCUGAAGAGGCUCAAUUGAAGGCUUUGGAGCAGAGUUCGACUGUGGAUGACAAAAAAGAUGUAUCUGGUGCAGAAGCGUCAAAAAGCGUUAGUGGAAAAGAGGGCGAACAGGAAGGCAAAAUGAGCACUUCUCAGGGAAGUGUUGGCAGUGGCAAAGAGAUGGAUGACAGCAAAUAUGGAUCGAAGAAACCGAUGCAUCCGAGAGGAACGGGAAGACACGAACCGCGAGGAGGAGGUCAUCCGAGAGGAAGCGGUUAUGGCGGUGGAGGAGGAUAUCAUCGUGGUGGCAGCAGUUGGGGUCGUAGAGGUGGUGGUGGACCUAGAGUCGGACAUGGCCGUAACUACAACCAAGACUAUUGGAGCGAAUCGGACUAUUCUGAUGAUGGCGAAGAAGAGUUCAGAAAGGACGGAAAAUACGAGCGUAAAGAAGGGAAUCAGUAUCGGCAUGGCGGUUCAUCGGUUGGUGGUCAGUCACAAAAUAUGAAAGAAGGGUUUGCACCACGAGGAGAACCAUCUCGAAGAGGUCGUGGCGGUAUGAGUACCGCUAUGAGUGGUCCAGGUUUUCGUAAAUCAACAGUUGGAAAGAAAAUUGACGGGUAUGGGCCGCCUAGUUCUAAGAGUCCUUUUGGAAGCAGCGAAGAGAAAGGCGACUCAAAGAAUCAAACGGCACCAAAGGAUAGCAAACCUGUUGAUCAAACUUCGAACGCUGAUGACCGAACAAAGCAGAAACAAGCUGCUUUGAGUGCUGGCCUCACAAACAAACCGGUUGGCGGGUCAAAGCCAAGUGGGUCACUGCCUCAAAGGAGUCCUUCUGGAAACAUGAAACCUCCUGGUAAACCUGCAGAAGAGACACUUUCCGAGCAGGAAAAACUUAAGGCUUCCUUGGAGCAAAUCCCUCGAAAUGACAGUAAAACAGAAUCUCACGAUGAGAAGGUGAAGGAAAAAACCAAAACCGACAGCGAGAGUCAUGAUACGGAUGAUGUGAGCAAGGACAGCCAAAAAAGUACACAACUUCGAGCUAAACAGCAACAGCAGCAGCAACAACAGCAGCAACAACAACAACAACAACAGCAACCGCAGCUGCAACAACCAACAGUUAUGAAAGCACCACAGCAGACAGCACCCGCAGCUUCCGGAAAGCCUUCAACGACCACAAAACCAAUCACCGUUGGUCCACCAGGAGCAGCAGCUGCAGCAGGUCAAAAGGUGACAACAACUCCUGCUGCCCCAGGCAUCCAGCAGGCUAAGCCUGUUCAAGAUACGCGAAGUCAGGCCAGCGCUCGCUCGAUGAACAUUACUCCACGUUUGGUUAAACCCAAGGAUCGACGUGAUGGUGGAUUCCAGGAUGGUCAACAAAGUGGUAGCGAAACCAAUGAGUCUGAAUCAAACACUACGGCAAAUUCUCAGCAACCAGCAGCGCAAGAGAAGGUAAGCACGUUGAACGUCAACUCUUCAAAGACUGAUAAUAGUAAGCAACAUUUGGACGGAGCCACGCCACCCGUAAAUACUAUCAUUUUCGAAAACACCAACUACAAGUCUUCGACAGCUGCCGUUGCUGCAGCAGUGCAACAGCACCACCAUCAACAACAACAACAGCAGCAACAGACGCUGCAACAGCCACUCCAAAUUCAAGUACAGCAACAGUUGCAGCAGCAGCAACAACAACAGCAACAACAACAGCAACAGCAACAGCAACAACAACAACAACAACAACAACAGCAGCAACAACAACAGCAACAACAACAACAGCAGAUACCUCCAUCAGCCCAAAUCAAACGCCAACAUUCUGGAGGACCUACUGGUCCACUUGGUGUUCUUCAACAACAGCAUCAACAGCAACAACAACAACCACAACACCAACAGCAACAGCAGAUGGCACAAAUGUGCAAACAGGAUCACCCGGUGAGACAUCCAUCGCAGGAGGAAGUAUUCAAAGUGGUUGCUGGUGGUGCUACCGCUGGAUCAAUGCAAGAUAUUAUGGAACAACAACCACAGCAACCGCAGAGACCGCAGUCAGCAAAUGGACCACAACAACAUCAACCGCUUCCGCAGCAGGCCCAGCAGCAACAAAUGCAGCAACCGGUGACGCAACAACAACAACCGAGUUCUCAAACCGAUGUUAUUACAAGUGCUCUCCAUAACAUGACGUUUCAGAAGCCAGCGGAUGCUGAUUACGACAAGGAAAUGAAGCCAUUUUUUGAUGCCGAAAUUUCUCAACUGAUCGAAGCUAAAAAUAAAGCUGCCGGACUAUGUCUUCCGAAGGCACAGAACAUGAUAUCUCCAUCGACGGCAGAACUCAACUUGAAGAUUGCCAGCGUGAAGAAAGUAUGGGAGAUGCCAACUGUACCAGAACAUGUCACCGAGGAUCCCUCUAGUGCGGCUGCUGCAGCUGUUCAACUGGCAGCCAAUUUUGCGGUAGUAUCCUCUCAGCAUCAACAACAUCUUCAUCAGUUCCAACACUCACACGGUAAUCUGUCUCAUACCCAUCCUGCUCAUUCAUUGGCUGCUGCUGCCGCCGCAGGUCAGUCGUAUGCGGGAGGGUUUGGCCAAGAACAGCAGUCUCUUGAUCAGCAUUUCAAUAAAGCCAACAACGAAAGCGUAGUAAUCGGAGGAUCAGGUGGAAAUGAUGGCGAUAACAAUUAUAGCAACCAACAGCAUGCAGUUGUUGGGCAAGGAAAUAACAUUCAGCAUCAAGCGGCAGCGAACAUGAAUAUGAAACAUGCGGCUGACGUGCUAGCCAACAAUGUUAACGUAUGCAAAGUGAAACCAACACAGCAAAAUAUGCAUCAAUCGACGGGCUUAGGUCUUUCGCCACCCCCGAUGCAGCAAGGUACUAUUCCAUCCGCGCCGCAGACGUACUAUCAACCAUCGCAGUAUGGAAUGUCUGCCAUCCCGUCGCCACCAGCCGUGAUUUACAAUUCUUCAGCAAUGCCUUCUCAAGGAGGUCUCUACAAUGCAUUCCAAAUCGAGGCAGCGGGUCGUUCGCAGUUUUCGCAAUUCCCCGGUCACUAUGGAACUACCGGAACUGGACCGUAUAAUGCGUACAUGGCCACGCCCCCGAAUCUGCAAACUGCCCCCACGCCGGACAUAUAUCCGAGUAUUACAUCCCACUUUCGUAUGGGCGGUGCCGUCCAAAGCCCUUACAAUCCAUCGCCAUCGCAGCAAUUGAAUAAUCCCAGCACAAUGCUGAUCUCAUCGAGCACAAACUCGCUCAUGUCUUCGUCGGUGAAACCUUCGUCCCAACAAAUCGGUGCAAUAGGCUCUAAGAGUGGUUCCGUUGGCCAGCCCUAUGGUCAGCAAUAUAUGGGUAUGUUCCAACCGGCUCCACCACUGCAAAACAACAGCUUCUAUUCAAACUCCGCUGGUGGCCAAAGUGCAUUUUUCGGUGGAGCAGGCGCUACACAGAAUUAUGGCAUUCAGGCGGCAGCUGCAGGUAUGUUCGGUGGCCACGGGGCACAAACUCCUUCCAAUGCCCCACCGCCACAGCAGCAGUUACCGAACUAUGCCAACGCAUCGCAGUUUUUGAGUUCACCGUUGGCACUAGCGGCAAAUGCAGCGAUUUCGCAGCAGUAUCGAGGAGGUCCGACUACGAAUCCACAAUCAGCAGCUGCUGCGGCAUACAUGAAGGGAAACCAACCACAGUCACACAUGCAGGAUCCCAUUCCACCUCAAGCGAGUCCACCUCACCAUAAGGGUUACGCAACGACAGCAUGGGAGCUACAAAAUCAACUGAUGCAGCAACAACAGCAACAACAGCAGCAGCAGAGUCAACAGUCCAAUCCGCAGCAACAGCAACCACAACAGCCGAAUCCGCAACAGCAUCCACAGCAGCAGAUGGCUCAGCCACCGCAGUCUCAGCAGCCCAACCCGAAUCGUAAUAUGAUGCCACCGAAUCAGCAACCUCCGGCAGGACUAGGAGGUGCCGCUGGUGGAGUAGGAGGACGACCUCCGCAAGGCGUGCAGGGUGGUGGUAUUCCUCAGCGGUACCCAUCGCCGAUUCAACGACCGACCAAUUACUCGCAGCCACCAGUGCCGGGUAUGCAUCAGCAGCGACCGAUCCGUCAGUCCGGUCAUAAUCCCGGUCAGCAGCAGCAAGCCAAUAUGGCACAAGCAAUGGGUAAUCCCAACAAACAUUACUAUGGAGGAAAUCGAGGUGGCGGUCACGUCAGCGCAAUGAAUGAUCAAAACCUUGGUGGAAAACCUGGCGGUGGAAAUGAGAAACCAGUACUCGACGGAGAUGUAAACAAGGAUGAUUCCAAGAAGAAGUGAACGAAAAAUCAAGUUAUCUUCAAUGGAGCCUAUAUAGAUGAAAAUUGGUUACUUAGGGGCAACACAAACUAAAAAAAAAAUACCUAGAAAAAGUGAUGGGAUAUUAAACAUACAUUUUGGUCGUAAAGUACUGAGUUCUACUUACUGGAAGAGAGGAAAAGUAUUCAUUUUACAGUUAUAACAAGAAACGGAAAAUACAUAACCAACACUAAAACAGAGGAAAGUGCUUAGACGAUUCUGGAAGUCAAUGUAGUCUAUCGGAAAACAUGUAUUAUUGGUAAACAAAAAAAAAAUAUCUAUUUAUUAAUUCAAAUAGUUAAUGAAAAUCAUCGGAAAUUGAUUAACCACAUACAGAAACUACGAAAAAACAUGCGUUAAUCGCGACAAAUUAACAAUUAUCGUAUCAAAACAUAUAAAAGUGCACCUAUGAAAAUUGCUGUUUUGGAGUGCAAACAGCUGUUACGUCUGGGAUGCAAAGGACAUUUAUUUGUUUGACUUGAUACAGGCAAUGCUUAUUAUACACUCCCAAGCAUCAGUGAAGUGCAUCGGUUUGACUGACCUUCACUAUAAACGCAAAACAAAAAGAAUGAACUUUUAAAACCUACUUAAUUAAUAACCUGAUCCGUGUUUAUUACUUUAGCUGUUUUCUACCACACUACAAUUGAAGCAGGGACGAUUGGUACUGAAUUAAUUUCUGAUUAUUUCUAUGAAAGAAUGUCAGCAGACUAAAAACAAUAUGCACACAUGGAUGUUUCCUAAAGCAUGUAUCUUUCAUUAUGUAUACACAUUCAACGACACUUGAUUGAUGAUUCGCCACAAGGUUGAUCAUUUUUGAAACUCAACUAUUAUAUGAAGCUUCUUCCCUUUUACAAAGGAACUGCGGGAAGGAACUAAUCGACAUGGCGAAGAAAACGAAGAAAAAUCAAAACUGGCAAAAUGCUUGCUGCUGACACGGCAAAUGGGAUUCGACGAGAAAAUGAAAAAUCAUAACUGCUACUACUGCUACUAUACUUUCACACAACCGUUCACGUUUGCACGGCCGGCAAGUUUCCGUUACCUGCUCAGACAGCAAUCCGGAAUUUGCGGGAAGUUGGGCCGUCCUCCUUGAUCGAAAUUCCUCUGUCGCCAAGGACAGAGGUUUUCAUGUGUAAUGAAAUCAAACCUUACAUAAAAAUUACCCUAAGCAAACAAAUAUUCAAUGGAAGUAAACAAGUAUGUCUACUCAGAAGACUAUUAGCUUAAUACAAUUAUAAGAAGAAUAAACAAGAAACAUAUAAUUAAAUAAUGCAUAACAAAACAACUACAUAUAAAUGAUAAACAAACACAAGUUUCAAACGAUUACACUAGUAACUCACUUUAUUAAUGAUUAUUCUUAUUGAUAACAGAAGUACGUGAAAUAUAUUUGAAUAUAAUCAUUAUUUUGUCGUAACAUCAUUGCGUAUUUUGAUCAAACUAUAAAGCCAGAUAGAAAGGAUUAUUCAACCGGCUUUGUUCAUUAUUAUUAUUCUAGAAAUAAAUGAAUAAACCUACGUAUUAAUGAUGAAGCAUUAUUAUUCAACAAAAAAAAAAUGAACGCAAAACCGCAACCUGUCAGGUGAUCGAAAACAAGAAAGUGAAAAACAGAACACAAUUGGACGGUAUGGUCUCACAAAACAUGAAUGACCUGCAUCAAUGCUAAUAAGAUGAAAAAUAGGAAAAAAAGCUGGCUAGUAUGAUUGAUAUGGAUUUAAAUUUGCAGAAAUAAGCAAGCGAGUUUUAGUUUAUGUUUAAAGGAAAAAAUGUUUUAUUUAUUUUCUACAUUAAUGAUUAAUUCACAACUGAAUUAAAAAAAAAGAGAGAGGUGUUAGCGAAAAAUCACACAGACACAUAUACACACAAACACACACACAGACGCAUAUACACAGCAAAAAAACAAUGUAUGAGUAAUACACACCUACACAAUUAGAGGAUUGGAGUGCAUAGAAAGGAGUGAGGACUGGUUAAAAAAAAAGUUUGAUCAGAAGGAAAGGAUGAAGCAACAUUAAUAGAUGAAUGAUUAUGAAACAUUGAGAAAAAUGAAUACAUUCAAGUAUCUAAAACAAUUAAAAAAAAAGUUUAUAAAAUUCUGAAAAUGGCAUGAAAAAAAUAAUAAAAGUCGAUAAAACGAAAAUCUAGGAAAACUCCAUGAC